GGAAUACUUUUCUCUCCGGCGGCACAACCGCCAUCACCACCGCUAUCACCACCGCCAACUUUUAUAUCUGUACUUCUUAACGCGCUUAUUCUUCCAAUAGCUGUAUAGCUUGCAUCUGUUCUGUCUAUAGUGAAGAUCCAGAUUCAGACAACGUGAAAAAGAGGGAGAUUUUUCGUAUCUUCAAGCUCGCACUCAUAUCGAUGCGUAUCUAAUCUAAUCUCUUCACUUUUACCUAUCUGAAUUUGGAUUUUUUGCUUUAUUGUUUUUGUUGAAUCGAAUCACUUUUCAGCCACCUGAAUGGAGCUGAAUCCGUUGGCUAAUGAUGAUCAUCAACAGAAAACGUUACGAUUUACAAAUGUAGCUUGUUAGAUAUAGUUUUUUUUUUUUGGAGGAAACUUGAAUUAUUUCUGUUACAUUUACGUGCAUACAAAGUGUUUGAUAUUUGUUGUUAAUGAACCUAUGAAGAAUUUGAAUUGGCUUAAGCACAUUUCGUACAAUGGGAAGUUGGAGAGGAGGUUAUCUCUUGGUGAAUACAAGAGAGCUGUUUCAUGGUCGAAGUAUUUAGUGUCAUCUGGAGGUGAGAUAAAAGCGAAAGGUGAAGAAGAAGAAGAAUUGGAAUGGAGUGCAGAUAUGUCACAGCUGUUUAUCGGGAACAAAUUCGCCAUGGGAAGACACAGUAGGAUUUACAGAGGAGUUUAUAAGCAGAAAGAUGUUGCUGUUAAGCUUAUUAGUCAGCCUGAAGAAGAUCCCGAUUUGGCUUCUAUGUUGGAAAAACAGUUCACUUCUGAGGUCGUCUUGCUUUUUCGUCUCAAGCAUCCCAAUAUCAUCACUUUUUUUGCAGCUUGCAAGAAACCACCGGUGUUUUGUAUAAUCAACGAGUAUCUGGCUGGUGGUUCCCUGAGGGCAUUUCUUCAUCAGCAGGAGCCAUAUUCACUGCAUCCCAAUCUAGUUUUAAAGUUGGCCAUUGACAUUGCAAGAGGAAUGCAAUAUCUCCACUCUCAAGGUAUAAUUCAUAGGGAUCUCAAAUCCGAAAAUCUACUUCUUGGUGAAGAUAUGUGUGUAAAAGUAGCRGAUUUUGGUAUCUCRUGUUURGAAUCUCAAUGUGGYAGUGCAAAGGGAUUUACRGGUACUUAUCGUUGGAUGGCACCAGAAAUGAUCAAAGAACAGAAACACACAAAGAAAAUUGAUGUCUACAGUUUCGCGGUUGUCUUGUGGGAGCUUUUAACUGCGUUGACACCAUUUGACGAUAUGACUCCAGAACAGGCUGCAUUUGCAGUAUGCCAAAAGAACGCUAGACCACCACUGGCGGCAUCAUGUCCAAAGGCGUUCCGUGAACUCAUCAACCGCUGCUGGUCUAGUAAACCAUGUAAGCGGCCUGGUUUCAAUGAAAUCGUCAAAGUGUUGGAACGAUACGCGGCUUCCGUUGAGCAAGAUCCCGACUUUCUUGCAACAUAUGAACCUGGCGACGAUCGUACUUUGUUGAGAUGCUAUCCCGGGUGCCGCAAAUCGGCUUCGGCAAGAUCAUAAGAAUUGUUAUGAUCAUGGAUGCAUGAUGCUGGAUUAUUUACCAAGGUAUCAUCAACAUCUUGUUGCUUGAUAUAAACUCAGUUGGUCCAAUUAUAUAAUUAUAUAUCAUAUAUAUAUGAU